AUUUAAAUUUUAUAAUAAUUUGUAUUUUUUAUUAUAAUAAUUUAUAUAGUUGGAAAUUGUAAAAUUUUUAAAAAUUAGUAAAAUAGAUAAAAAUAUUUAAAAGGUGUAAAAUAAUAAAAUAAUAAAAUUAAUUUUCUGGAUGGAUUCUAGUAGAAAUAAGUCAUUUAAUGGUGAAGGUGGAACUGAGUAUGAAUGGGAACAGUCGUACGACGACUUAAUUCUCUACGUCAAAGUCACACCUAAAACGAAUAAAAAUGACAUUUCAGUAACAUUCAACACAAAUUCAAUCAAUAUUCAAAUUCUCAACAACCAUAAUACCAAAGCACAGAGUAAUACUUCAGAAAAUAGUACAAACACACAAAAUAACACAAAUAUUGAAGAAAGUGUUAGAAAACUGUAUGGAGAGUUGUACUCGAUAAUAGUAAUAAAGGAGUCGUUUUGGAUGUUAGGAGAUUCGGAGCUUGAAGUUCAUUUAUCCAAGGCGAAACCGGGAGAGGUAUGGCAGAGUUUAUUUAAAGGUGAUAAAGCUUUAUCAGAUUUCGCACAUAGAGAUGAAAAGAAAAGGUUAUUGCUUGAAAGAUUUCAGAAAGAACACCCGAGAUUUGAUUUUAGCGACGCCCAAAUGAAUGGAAAUGUUCCAGAACCAAGAACAUUCAUGAGAUGAUCCAACAUGAUAUAAUUUGUUUUAUGUA